AUGAGAAGCUCUUCAGAUAUUAUAUUGAAAUGUGUCGAAUGCUUCACAGGACCAAACAUCAUGGCCAUGCACGCCAUGUUGAUAAAUAAGCCUCCAGAUUCUGGAAAGAAGACCUCUCGCCAACCAAUGCACCAGGAUUUGCUCUAUUUCCCAUUCCGACCUGCAGAUCGCAUUGUUUGUGCCUGGACUGCCAUGGAGAAGAUUGAUCGCAGAAACGGAUGCCUGGCAGUUUUGCCAGGAAGUCAUAAGGGGUCUCUGAAACAGCAUGAUUAUCCUGAGUGGGAGGGUGGUGUAAACAAGAUGUACCAUGGAGUGCGUGAUUAUGAUAAAACUAUUCCGAGGGUUCACCUUGCUAUGGAGAAAGGAGACACAGUGUUCUUCCAUCCCUUGCUAAUCCAUGGCUCUGGAAUGAACAAGACUGAAGGGUUUCGUAAGACAAUUUCUUGUCAUUAUGCAAGUUCUGACUGCCACUAUAUUGACAUGAAGGGUACAAUUCAAGAGAACAUGGAGAAAGAAGUAGUAGAUGUUGCAAGAGCAAAGUAUGGUACAGACUCACCUGUCACCUUGAGGCAGAUGAUGGCAGAACAAACAAAAUCUCUAAAAUUAGAGACAAAUGAAAUUAAAAACAAUAUGGACCAUUUGGAUAAAAAUAGAUGA